UUCUGUCAUUCCUUUCAUUCACACACUUUAUUAUGUAAUGUUAUCUAUAUCAAUAGCGUCUGAACAAGGAAACUUGUACGUAAUAGCGCCUGAACAAGGAAACAUGUUUUAAGGUAGCUAUUUUUCAGCUUCAUGUUGAAAAACUGUAGACAUGAUGGAAAAUGUUUGUUUCAUAACCUGCUGUACUGUAUUUGGCCUGUAGCUACUUAAAGAUCUUACGUAGUAUAGGUACACGUCAAUUACUAUGAUUGCUGAAAAGUCGUUACCAAACGUUUUUCAGUCCUUACUUAGUUGUUCUAGCAAAGCCGAAAAUAUUGCAUUAUUACACGAAAUGUCUGUAUAUUGGCUCUAUACCACGUCGUUCAUAUUUAAAUGUUUGAAAUUUGUUCGUUGUCCACUGAUCACCUUAUAAUAUUAUAAUGUUCACUGAUCACCCUGAGUGUUGACCACGUAAGGUCUGUGUCCGUCAUUUAUACACACAUGUUGUGUUGUAACAUGAAGUAGUGCGAAAUAUAGAUAUGGAGGAUUCUAAAGUUGUUAAGUCCCAGAAUGAUCAUCGUGAUUAUAGGGUUAUAAAGUUGGAAAAUGGAUUAACUGCAUUGUUGAUAUCAGAUCUGGCUAAAAAUUCAUGUGCGCAAGCAGCACAACAUGAUAUAAGAGUGGACAUUGCAACUAACUUUUCAAGAGGAAGUGAGAAUGAGUUAGAUGAUGAAUUGAUGGUUUGUGAAGAUAAAAGUAGCAAUGAUGACAGUGACAGCAAUGAUGGCAGUGACAGCAAUGAUGGCAGUGAUAGCGUUGAUAGUAUCUUUAGUGAUGGUGAAAGUGAUGUCGAUCUUUAUGGUGAUGUUGACAGAGGAAGUGAUGAUGAUACAAGUGAACUGAAACCAAAUGAUGCUCCUAAGAAAGGGAAGAAGCUGGCAGCUGCGGCGCUCUGUGUUGGUGUUGGAAGUUUUAAUGAUCCAAAGGAAAUGCCUGGCCUUGCUCAUUUCCUAGAGCACAUGCUUUUUAUGGGAAGCAAAAAGUAUCCUGACGAAAAUGAAUUAGAUGCGUUUAUUAAGAAACAUGGAGGUAGCUCAAAUGCCUUUACAGAGUGUGAAAGGACAGUGUUCGUCUUUGAUGUUCGUGCAAAGUAUUUUAAAGAAUCUCUUGACAGAUUUGCUCAGUUCUUUAUACACCCGCUAAUGAAGAAGGACAGUGUAGAACGAGAAAUAAAAGCAGUUGAUAGCGAAUUCCGGAUGAGUUACCAAGAUGACGCUGCUCGUAACAUGCAACUUCUCGGGAGUCUGACAACACAGGAGGGUCAUCCUUUUGGAAAAUUUUUUUGGGGAAAUGAAGAAUCACUAAGCUUUGUUCCCAAAGAAUCGGGAAUGGACGUAGUAGAGUAUUUAAAGUUGUUUUGGACAAAAACAUAUUCGUCGCAUAAAAUGACUUUAGCUGUUACUUCUAAUGAAACUCUUGAUGUCUUGCAGAAAUGGAUAACUGAAAUAUUUAGUCUAAUUCCUGCUCGAAAUGUUGAUUUAUCAAUUCCCAGAAAUAUAAAUCUAGGGCAAAGUGGUUUUCCUCCAGGAAAAUUUCAAAAAAUUAUCAAAGUUGUUCCAAUUAAAGAUAUUUAUCGUGUUGAAAUAACUUGGGCAUUACCUCCGCUUCAUCAAUAUUACAGAACAAAACCAUUAAAUUAUAUAUCAUGGCUUCUUGGACACGAGAGUCGUGGUGGUGUACUUUCAUGGUUGAAAGAAAAAGGCUGGGCAACUGCGCUGUGUGCCGGUAAUUCGGAGUCUGGGCAGGAGUUUAAUUCCCUCUACUCACUUUUUACGUGUCAAGUUUAUUUAACUGUCAAUGGUUUUGAUCAUUAUGUUGAGGUUGUCACAGCGAUUUAUCAAUAUCUGGAAAUGCUGCGUCGUAAUGGUCCUAGUUUGCGGGUAUUCAAUGAAAUAAAGAAAAUCGAAGAAAAUUAUUUUAGAUUUAAGCAAGAGGAAGAGCCAUAUGAGUAUGUAGAGGAAAUUGCUCAAUCUAUGCAGCUGUAUCCCGAGCCUGACUUUUUAACUGGCAAUGAUUUACUCUGGGAAUUCGAUGACAAGAUGAUAGCUGAUAUUACUAAUAGCUUAACUUCAGACAAAGCAAAUAUAAUGUUGAUAUCAAAAACGUUGACAAAAGAGUGCAAAGAAAAAGAAAAAUGGUUUGACACCCAGUUCUGUGUUGAAGAUAUUAAUGUAAAAUUAAAGAACAUCGAACUUCAAGAGUUAAACAGCAAUUUUCAUCUACCCGAAAGAAACAUAUUCAUUGCUGAAAAUUUUACUAUUCGAAAGUCUAAAGAAGGUUCUGUAAAGUUUCCUACCUUGAUACAUGAGUGUACCCGAGGUAAAGUUUGGUUUAAGCAAGAUGACAAGUUUCAUGUACCUAAAGCAAUCUUCAGUAUGUAUUUCAAAUCUCCGUUGGUUAAUUGCACUGCAAGAAAUUUAGUGCUUGCUGAAAUGUUUGCAUUGCUGCUUGAGUUUGAUCUAAACGAUGUUGCAUAUUCUGCUCAAGUCGCUGGUUUAAGUUAUCGAAUCAAAGUCGCUGAAGGUGGAAUCAUUUUACGCUUCGAUGGAUAUGACGAAAAGUUGUCUUUGCUUAUGGAGGAAGUCAUUAGGCGUUUUGUUUCAUUUGAUGUAAAUCAAAAUCAUUUUGAAAUAUUAAAAGAACAAACAAUAAGAAAAUAUUCUAACUGUAUCAUACAACCUCAGAAACUUGUUCGGGAUGUUCGUCUAAAAAUUCUUCAAAGUGUAAAGUGGACUUUUUGUGAAAAAAGAGCUGCAAUUUUAGAUUUAACGGCGCAGGAAUGUAAGAACUUUUACAAGGAACUGCGCUUGAAUUUUUAUGUUGAAAGCUUAUUUCAAGGGAAUAUUGACUCAAAGCAAGCAUUACGUCAUCAAGAAUUCAUCUACAGGUGUCUCAAGUUUGAAUCAACCUCGAAAGAUACAUCCCCAAAGAUUAGAGUUGCUCAACUUCCUGACUGCGAAAGUCAAUGCAAAAUUAAUGGAUUUAACUCAAUGGACGAGAAUACUGUGAUAGUAAAUUACUACCAGGUUGGACCAGGUACUGGAAGGGAUUUGACGUACUUGGAACUCUUGAUGAAUAUGAUGGAAGAACCUUGCUUUGACAUCUUAAGGACUAAGGAACAACUUGGGUAUUCCGUGUUUUGUGAGUCUCGAGUUACCAACGGCAUUUUAGGUUUUACAGUGACUAUUCAUACCCAAGCUGAAAAUUAUAGCGCCGAGUUCGUGAAAGAUCGAAUGGAUAAUUUUUUAAAGAAUUUUCUGCUAGAUCUUCCCCAGGUUAAAGUUGAAAUAUUCAAUAACCACGUUUCAUCAAUGGUAGAAAUCAAACAACAUGAUGAUUUAAAUAUGGGUGAAGAAUUUGAUCGUAACUGGGAUGAGAUUGUUGAUGAAACUUAUAACUUUCAAAGACUAAAUGAUGAAGUAAAAUUACUUCAACAGCUUAGCAAAGAUUUCUUUCUAAAAUGGCUCCAUACAAUUCUACCAUACCUGUACUCAAGAAAACUCUGCGUUCAAAUUCUUGGUCACAAGAAUGAUGAAGAAAAAGAUUUUAAAGUAACGGAAAUCGUCGAUGGAAGAGAUCAAUGCUGGAAUCUUUUUCCAAUUCCAGGAGAUUCGUCAGAUCAACUAUACAUUUCAAAUAUCGACACUUUCAAAAAAUCUUUACCAUUCUUUCCUCCGUCUAAAAUCAUAUAUCGUGAAGUUGAUAAAAAGCAUUCGUCUUUACUAUAGAAAAUCUUCCAUUUUUAUAGAGUCAACACAUGCGAAACUUGACAACACUUUCAAUAGUUGGAUAUUAAAUCACCAAAUUAAAACGUCUGUCAAUUUUUAUACAAACUUAACUCAAUCUCUAAAGCAACUCUAGUUCAAAUAAUUGAUCUGAAAGUUAAUACAUAUGUAGGUGCUGUAAUUUUCUAACUAUAUUAAGCAAUACGAUUAGUUUGCGUGGGUCUUUCACUCUCAAUUUCUUACAUGUCAUCAAUACAUGAUACACAAUGAAGGAGGAAGUUUUGUAUUGCAUGUAAAUUAAACCAAAUCUCUCGACUUUCUAACUGAUUUCCAGAUGAAAGUACGAUCUUACGAUAGACUGUGUUUAUCUUAAUGUAAUUAAAUUUCUUCAGUAACUUUCGUUGGUUGUCCAACAUUGAAACUACAACCUUAAUUUUCUCAUGUAUAUGAUAUUGUAAGAGUGUAUGUUAGUGAAUUGAAAGGAAAUGAACGCAUUAUGUAUAUUAUAAAGGCAUAGUUAUUAUUCAUUCCUAUAUUUAGACGUAUUUUAACGUCAUGAUUAUAAUUUGAAGUUUUAAACAAUCAA